AUGCCUAGUGUUGGGCAUUCUUCAGAUGACGGCUCUGAUCACUUGCCAUAUGAAGGAUACAGAGAACUGAAGGUUGGCUACGAAUCUGAAUCUGAGAUUCACAUCUCAGAUAGUGAUGACGAUGAGAGCAAUGCAGUACCUCAUGAAGCUAGAGAAAGAGCCAAUCACAUGUCAAGUCGCGAUGUGCAGCUGCAACCAACGAUCGCCAAUGCCAGUGGCUUGUCGAUGCUUCCUUCUGAUAAUACUGCUAUGACAAAGCCCAUGCAACCGCUGAAUACUACAAGAGAUACUGACAGUCAGUCUAGUGAUACCAAGGUUGCAAAAUCUAUGGAUCGUGCUAUUGGGCAUGGUUUGGAUGAUAUCAACUGGAGUCAAAUCAAGGCAAGUGACAACAGUAUCGACAUGCAGUCGGAGGCUAUUCCUGAACAAGUUUCAGCAGAGCUCCCAAAAAAGAAAACUUUUCUUGUUGGUAUUGAGGAAGUUGGUGAUUCUUUUGAGGGUGUUUCAGGAAGCCCUGAUGUGGAAGCUGCAAAGGAUUUUGCUGCUUCUACGAAUGCUGGAACAAGCUCAAGUGCAGACACUCAUGUCAGCUGGAACAACAGCAUGAAAAAUGCUUCUGCAAGCAGAGGCUACCUUAAAUCUCCUCGUUUAUCUGAAAUAAUCUCAGCCAGGGACACCUACUCAAAAACAAAUGAAGAAGUGAAGACAUUUCUGUCACAAUUGUCUACUGCACGAGGAUUUGAUGGCUCUUUGAAUGAGAUGACUUCUAGCCCCAGAAGCGGCACACAGAUUGAUGAGUACCGACACUAUGAUGCUACUGAUAUGGCACCAUUUCUUGAUAGGAACAACUCAAAUCUGGAUCCAUUUGAUGUCAAUGCAACUAGUGAAGAUGAAGGAGCUCGAGGCAGAACGGCGUGCUUCAGCGGUGGCAGCAAGCGGGCGAUGGCUAUGAUCAACAGAUUGCAAGAGGAAAAGGCUUCGAUGCACAUGGAAGCACUGCAGUAUCUCCGGAUGAUGGAAGAGCAGGCUGAUCAUGACCAGGAAGCAAUUGAAAAGUUAAAUGACUUGCUGACAGAAAGGGAGCAAGAAUUACUUGACCUGGAAGCUGAACUUGAGGGUUACCAGAGCAAGCUUCAUGACCAACCAUUUGAUGUUGGAAAAUUUGGUGCUACUGAUGGAGCUAUGACAUUUGGAGUCUUGGAUGGCUCAGAUUUCAUGAGGCAUACCAUUUUUGAUUUUGAAGAUGAAAAGGCAAAGAUUUUGGAGUCCUUGCACAGAUUGGAGGAAACCCUAGGCAUGCCCUCCGCAAAUAGACUUGAUAUGGGUGAUGCAAAUGAUACUCUACAGAACAGUCUAUUCAGUGAUCACUCAAUGAGCAGUAGCCAGUAUAUAGAAAAUUCAGAGCUGGGAAGUUCACCAUUGCAUCGGGAGGACUUGAUUAGUGAAUCAAUUUCUUCUCAGAACAACGAUGAGAAGGAAUCUGUUAAAUACGUGCUCAGACACAGUCACGAAAAAGAUGAGAAUGAAUCUGUUGAGAAGCAAAAGAAUGUUACUUCAUGUUCCCACUCAGAUGAUGGAAACAUCCAUACUAUGAAAAGCGUUAAACAUGACAUUUCUCUCCUUAAUGCAAGAUUCAAGGCACUUGAAGCAGAUCAGGAUUUUCUCAAGCAAAUACUAAGUUCUCUUAAUGUUAGGAGUGAUGGAGUACAAUGUAUACAGGAGAUAACUAGCCAUUUGCGAGAACUGCGAAGAAUCAUGGCAGACCAAAGGGACAUGACAGUUUUAUGA